AUGGCUAUGGUCAGCACAAAUAUUUCUCUUAACUUGCCUUCUGCAAACAGAAACACCUUCAGGGAUGUUUCCUUUUCCUCUUACUUGAAUGUAGAUGAAGAAGCCUGUGUACUUAAGCUGGCAGAGGAAAAUCGGAGUCCACUCGGGUCGUCCGCGUCUAUCACAAAUGAGUAUGUUAACCUAGGAAGAAAGGACACAGAAGACACAGAAAUUGAUGUCUUUGGUGCCGAGAAAUACUUGGAUGAAGGAACGAAUUCUAGUCAGAAAAUCACCAAGUAUGUCCCGAAUUGCAAACAAAAGAACUAUCCUCUCGAUGUAAGAAUGGCAACACCAAGUAUUCGAUCUGAAUCAACUUGGAACAGCCGGAGUGCGUUACUGCAUCGUAGUUCAAGAAAUCAGCAGCCCCAAAAGGCAAUCAAGGUUCAUGGAAAGAGAUUCUUUACUAGAAUUGGUUGUAAUUUCUCUUGUAGUGACAAGAAUUCUGUCGAAAUUCAAGAUUAUGUGAGUGAUAACUUUUCCAACAAGAAUAUGAACACUGGAUUGGUUACUUACAAAGAGAAACAAGCAGUCGAAACCCGCGAUAUACUUGUUGACAAGUCCCAAUCAAGUUCAUGGUUCAAGAAGGAUUGGCACUGCAAGGGAUUUGAUGAAGUGGGUGUUGGAUUGAAGAUUGAUGAUCAUUUCAGCUUCCCGGUUUUUAAUCCCGAGACUCGAAAUCAACCAGUUAAGACGAAGCUGCAAGAGGAAGAGGAUAAAACAAAGAGAAAAUCUCUGGAACUUUUUACCUUCCCAAUACUGGAAAGUGGGAAGAAUUCCUUGUCGAAUUGGGAUGCAAUCCCUCCAAGAAUGAAAGAGAUUGAAAUCUCAGCAAGUUCUAAUGUCAUGCAUAGUGACAUUGAGAGUGAUUCAAGUUCAGAUUUAUUUGAAAUAGAAAGCCUGUCACACAGUUCCAACUACCCCUUUCUUACCAGGCCAGAAUCAGAUGGCAUGUCCAGCUGCAUCACCCCAACAUGUUGUUAUGCACCAAGUGAAGCUAGCAUAGAUUGGAGUGUUGUCACGGCCUCCAUGUUGGAUUCUGUGGAGCCUACUUUUUCGCAAAUCGAUCUUCGCAUUUCGGAAGAGCAAAGAACCACCACGGACACACCAUAUGAUUCCUGGAGAAUGGCCCUAAAUGCAAAAACCAGACGGGGAAAAGAUACGACAAAGCAGCGUCCAAGCAUUCUUUUGGGUUGCAAGAAUCACAAGGCUGUCGAAGUUGUAGGAGACGGUGAGAUUUGUAAGGCUAUUAUUUGCUUAGAGAUUGCUUCUUCUAGGAUGGAAGUCAUAUUUGAUCGUCAGACUGCGAUAAAAUUGAGUGGCUUGUCUGAGAAGGCUUAUAGUAGAUCCUUUAAUUCGAUGCAGAAUGGCAUUGGUGUCAAGAACAAGCUUGAUGUAAGAGAAUUGGCCAUUCAAUUUGGAUGCAUUAGGCUCAUUCCUUUGGUCCUCAAAGGCUUAUCUUUGUAUAAGGAAAGAUUUAUUACUUCAUUGCCAUCUUCUCGUCGGGCAAGUACUGACUUCACUCGUCCUGUGUUUACUGCCGUUGCAUUCUACCUCUGUGCAAAACGACACAAGCUCAAGGCAGACAAAAUUAAGUUGAUAGAACUUGCUGGAUCAUCAGAAUCUGAAUUUUCUACUGUAUCUACUUCAAUGAAGGACCUAUGCUUUGAUGCGUUCGGGAUAACAAAGGAAAAGAAGGAUCCUAAAGAUGUUAAAGGAAACCGAGAGCUUCUAAAUGCAUUUCCUGAAAAAAGGAGGCUCGAGGAUGGAGGCUAUUCAUCUGAUGAUGGAGAAGAGCCUUCUGCGUACAAGAAGCGCAAACAGAUGGAUAAUCGUGCCUAUAAUGAGUGGAAAUCUGCUGUUCUCCAAUCUAAUAACACUGCCAAGGCAAAAGCUCCUGCAAAACGAAGCAGACAAUCUGGUCUUAACUUUGUGAAGAAAGCUCCUGAAACCAGCGUGGAGGCUACAUAA